GUUAUUUUAUUUUAUUUUAAAUUGAGGGUCUAUUUUUACUUCCUUAGAACUCAGAUUUCACUUGCUGGAUUAUAUGUUAUUGUUACUUUUGGUUAGAACAAAAAAAAGUUUAAAAUGGAAAAUGCUUUAAAAAAAGAGAAGUGUCUAGCUGCCACGACGGAUGGAGAGAUAGUAUCUACAGUCCUUCUGGGGUUACGAAAGGAUAAAUGAGACCAGCGCUGCCAAUAAUAGUCACAAACAAUGGCGUCCAUUUCUAUCCCCCUUGCGUAUAAAUCUCAUUCUCUUGGUCGUUCUCCAAUUUAUCGUCCUCAUUUCCCUGCUCCCCAACUUCAUUCACCUAUCCAAAUCAAAUGUUCAGCUUCCAAGGAGGAUUUGAGUACUGAGGAAAGUUCGAUUCAGUCGAAGCAACUUAGGAAUGUAGCUUGUGGAUUAUUUGCUGUUUGGGCAGUUUCUUCUGUUUCUCCCGUUAUUGCUGCUUCUCAGAGAUUACCUCCAUUAUCAACAGAACCAAAUAGGUGUGAACGGGCCUUUGUUGGAAACACAAUAGGUCAAGCCAACGGUGUUUAUGAUAAACCACUUGAUCUGCGCUUUUGUGAUUACACAAAUGAGAAAACUAAUCUCAAAGGGAAGUCACUUGCAGCAGCACUUAUGUCUGAUGCAAAAUUUGAUGGUGCAGACAUGUCUGAAGUGAUCAUGUCUAAGGCCUAUGCUGUUGGAGCUAGUUUUAAGGGGACAGACUUUUCCAAUGCUGUUCUUGAUCGGGUGAUCUUUGAUAAAGCCAACCUCCAGGGAGCUUCAUUCAAGAACACUGUACUAUCUGGAUCUACCUUUAAUGAUGCACAACUAGAAGGUGUAGAUUUUGAGGACACAAUCAUUGGCUACAUUGAUCUUCAGAAGAUAUGCACGAAUAAAACUAUUAGUGAAGAAGGGAGAGUUAACUUGGGAUGUCGAUAACCUUAUGCUAUUGUCCAGUUUUCUCGUACUUGAUUCAUCUUCCAUGCUCCGUGGAAUAAUUGAAUGUAAGCUACUACUUGUAUAUUUGUCUUUUUGGUAUAGCAAAGUGAGUGAGUGAGUUAUCCUGGUCAUGGAAAUUAAGUUCAAGUCUCCUUGUAACUUACAUCGUUUAUACCUGAUAGUCCAAUUAAGCAUCAAUUUUCAUCUGA